AUGAAGCUUCUGACGCACAAUAUGUUAACCUCUAAGGCUAUCAAAAAGGUGAAUACUGGAUACCCGCUGCUGAUUGAGGCCCGGGAUGUAAAAGUAAGCGAGGUUGAGUUUAAUCCAGAUUUCAUCUCGAGAAUAAUACCUAAGGUUGACUGGGACUGUCUACGACGUGCUGCCGAGCAGCUGGGACACCUAGACGAUCUACCGCAGGCAACACCAGCCAACUACGAGAACGACGAGGACUUCCUAAAGAAGGCUCACCACGCCCUCCUCGAGAUAGAGCUGAUCAACGGAAACCUAGUCUGUCCUGAAACCAGCAGAAAAUUUCCCGUCUCCGACGGUAUUCCGAACAUGCUUCUCAACGAAGACGAAAUCUAA